CACAAAGGUUAAUUCUCUUCCCGGUCUUGGUGGUAGUAGUCUACAGAAGGGAUUGGCCUUUGUGACGACUCGCCGUGGUGGAAGAGGUGUUGACAAUGCGGUGGAUUGCUGUUCUUCUUCUCCUUACUAUAAGUUUGUUGGCCAUAACGGCUUCAGCUGAGAAAAUAUCGGAAAAAUGCGCCAAGAACGGAGGUCGGUGCGUGACUCUGUGUCAAGGGAAGACCCUGACAGAGAUGACCUGUAAACGAGAAGGAGAAGUCUGUUGCAGGGAGGGAGUCAAAGGAGGCUCUAAGGAUUCGGCGAAGUCUGCAAAAAGUCCAAAACGAAAGAAUGGUAUAAUAAAGAAGAACGCGAAAAGACCUCAAAAAACACCUGCUAAGGUGAAGAAGGAUAAGCCUUUUAAGCCCUCUGCUGUUCAGGCGAGAAAAGGUGGCAGCGUAGCGGUCAAACGUGUUUGUAAGACGAAGUCUAAAUGCACUAAACUUGGAGGCAAUUGUCAGAAAAAAAAUACCGGUUGUCAGAAGAAGGAAGUCAAAAUUAAGGCCAAGAAAGGAUACUGCAAAGGAAGGAGUUGCUUUUGCUGCAUACCAAAGAAGCAAAAAUGUAAAACGAAGAAGAAGUGUAAAAAGGCGAAAGGCAAAGUCCAGUUCAAGUGGGAUAAAUGCAAAGGAAAGAAGAAGAAGAACUGGGCCAAAGGAAGUCGCCAUUGCGUCUGUUGCCUCCCUCAAGUGAAAACAACUACAGCAUCUAUUACAACCACAAAAAAGCCUCCGACAACAACAACCGAGCCGCCAACAACCACCGAAGCAACAACAACGACGCCUUCUCCCACCACAACUACAACAACACCUGUUCCUACAACAACCACAACCAUCGCAAAGACCACAACAGUGACAACAACGCCUGUGCCAACAACCACGACGAAAGCUCCGACCACAACUACAAAAGCGCCCACAACUACGACAACAGCAGCGGCAACAACUAAAACAACAACUAAGGCUAUAACAACAACUAAGAGCCCUACAACAACAGCGGCGGCUUGAGAAGGACGGAAAGGAACUGUAUUUCACCAGAAGAAAAUCAAUGGAGGUUUCACUGAGUUCGUUUAUUUGUUUGUUUGUUGGAUUCCUGCAUUAUAUGCCAACAAAAUAACCCAUACAUACACACACACAAACUCCAGGUAAGCAAGUUUGAGUGUGGCUGCGACUUGGAUGGGUAACCAUCCAUAAAUGCUAGGUGCCGUCUGUGCAUAAGCCCUUGAACAAGGCAUGGGACUAGCAGUCACUUCUUAAUAUUUUCCGAAAACCUGAAGGGGUUAUGUACGUCUGUGCGCGUGUGUGUGUUUGCGCAUGCGCAUAAACGUUGUCCUUUGUUGUGUGAAUAAAUAAGCAUCCCCAAA